GCUGCUGCAAAAAAAAAAACAAGUUUAGAGGACAUUUUAACUAGUUUAUUGAAGUGUUAGGCGUUCGUGGCAAUAGUCUUGUGAAUAAUUUGUGGAAAUAGCAUACUAGAAUUUGGAUUUUCCGGUGGAAGGUGCAUCUCAGGCGCUGUGGGGAAAAUAGUGUUUGGUACAAUCGAGGUGCAGCCGGGGUGUGUCUGUGUGGUCGGCUGCAGAUUAGGUUUACUUUCAGUAUUUAUUGACAGCUUGUGGUGGUGAAAGGAGACACAGAGCCGGAGAUGUGAUGAUACUCCUCUCCCCAGCAUGGGAUCUUUGUUGAAUUAUCCGCUGAGGACCGCAGGCAGCAGCUCGGACGGGACGGAGGACUCGGAUUUUUCCGCCGAUCUCGAGCACGCCGAAGCUCCCGAGAGCGCGCACAGGCGCAGCAGCACGCGCCUGACUCGCGCGUCCCUGCGCCUCAGCCAGAGCUCACAAGAUAACUGCAGCUCGUUACGUAGCAGUUCUCCUGCGGCUCCUGACGAAGGCCUGGAUUCAGCAGCAGAGUCGGCGGCGGCAGCAGCGGUGGCAGCAUCCGUCUUCUCCUCCGGGCGCAGAAUCACACGCAGCCAGCAGGGGGCAACAAACACCACAGCCAAAAAAUACCCUUUGCGUCAGAGCAGGUCGUCAGGCUCAGAUACUGAAGCUAACGCAGACAUAAAGCAGGGAGUGGACCGGGACGAGACGCCUCCUCGCACUCCGACAGGCAACGCCCCAUCGUCAGAGUCAGACAUUGAAGUUUCCAGCCCGAGCAACGACCUCGUGUCUUCCAGCAACGAUAUUGUAGUUUCGCAAGAGGAGGACGAGAGAUUGGCAAAAGAGCUGUCGCUCAAAGAGGCAGCCGCCCAUGACCUCUCCCACCGGCCCAAACGACGGCGUUUCCAUGAGAGCUACAACUUCAAUAUGAAGUGUCCCACACCUGGUUGCAACUCAUUGGGUCAUCUAACAGGGAGACAUGAGAGACAUUUCUCCAUAUCGGGAUGCCCUCUGUACCACAACCUCUCUGCUGAUGAAUGCAAGGGCAAAGCAACGACGCGUGACAAACAGACUGAGGAAAGGACGCUGUCGCACCGCCAGGACGAGAACAGGCACUCCACAAGAAACCAGGCCCCGACGGAUCGUCAGCUGCGCUACAAAGAGAAGGUGACAGAGCUGAGGAGGAAGAGGAACUCUGGCCUCAAUAAGGAGCAGAAAGAAAAGUACAUGGAGCACCGCCAAAGCCACGGGACGAGCCGGGAGCCGCUGCUGGAGAACAUCACCAGCGACUACGACCUGGAGCUGUUCAGGAAAGCGCAGGCACGUGCCUCGGAGGACCUUGAGAAGCUCCGUCUGGCCGGCCACGUGUCGGAGGGCAGCAACAUGAUAAAGACCAUCGUCUUUGGCCGUUACGAGCUGGACACUUGGUACCACUCUCCAUAUCCAGAGGAGUACGCCCGCCUGGGGAGGCUCUAUAUGUGCGAAUUCUGUCUUAAGUAUAUGAAGAGCCAGACCAUUCUGCGCAGGCACCUGGCCAAGUGUGUGUGGAAACAUCCUCCAGGUGAUGAGAUCUACAGGAAGGGGAAUAUCUCUGUCUUUGAGGUGGAUGGAAAGAAGAACAAGAUUUACUGUCAGAACUUAUGUCUGCUGGCCAAACUCUUCCUGGACCACAAGACUCUGUAUUAUGACGUCGAACCGUUCCUCUUCUACGUCAUGACUGAAGCCGACAACACAGGCUGCCACCUAGUUGGAUACUUCUCCAAGGAGAAGAACUCUUUCCUGAACUACAACGUGUCCUGCAUCCUCACCAUGCCGCAGUACAUGAGGCAAGGCUACGGCAAGAUGCUCAUAGACUUCAGUUACUUGUUGUCCAAAGUGGAGGAGAAGGUGGGUUCACCUGAACGUCCUCUGUCUGACCUGGGACUCAUCAGCUACAGAAGUUACUGGAAAGAAGUGCUGCUGCGCUACCUGAACAACUUUCAGGGCAAAGAGAUCUCCAUUAAAGAAAUCAGCCAGGAGACGGCGGUGAACCCGGUGGACAUCGUCAGCACACUGCAGUCCCUCCAGAUGCUCAAAUACUGGAAGGGGAAGCACCUGGUUCUUAAGAGACAGGACCUUAUUGACGACUGGAAGGCCAAGGAGACCAAACGGGGUAACGGAAAGACCAUCGACCCCACAGCCUUAAAAUGGACGCCGCCUAAAGGGACGUAAAGGACCUUCCUGUUCACACUCCAGACCCCAACAGCACACACAAACCAACAGAUAUCUCUCCGUACACUGGCAUGCUCACACACCCUGAGCCUGAACCCUCACACACUCUGAACGCUUUCAGCAGCUGCAGCACGGUAACGUACACUUACAGUCCGCCGUCACUCUGGGUUCAAGCAGUCACUGAGGAUGAUGUGUAUGAAUCUAAUGCAGGGAUGACCUAUAAGAAAGGCAUCUAGUGUUUAAAACAGAUGAAAAAAGCAGCCAAAGAUGUCCUUAAAUACAAACUGUAAAGAAAAAGAAACAGUUAAGGUUUGGUUAUACUUGAAGUAAUAAGGAAUUUAAAAACAAACUCCAGGGUGUCCCAAAAAAAUUGACAUCAUUAGAGAUGUCCGUAUUGGAGUGACCACAUGGUCUGGAGAAUUUAUCCUGAAUGGGAGUUCUUUUGGACAUAAAAUGUUUUAUUCUACAAAUUUCAAGUGAAACACUCUAUGGGAUGAUCAUUUUAUAAUGUUCCAAAGUUAUUAUAAAAGGUUCAAUGUGUUCGCUGUCCAAACCUGCUUUCCUGCUGAUGCUUUCUUGUGAAGUUUUCUAAUAAAUUCACGUUGUGCAUUCACAUUUGACUGAGUUUGGGCGUACGUCAAGACACAGAACGCCUUUCCUGUUGCAGUAAACAGCAUGUCUGUUCCUGAAAGCAGAAAAAUAAAAAUGAUUACAUUUUUUGAGCAAAAAGAGCAAAGAAAUUUUGAACAAAUUAUUAGGUGAUGAAACGAUGUCAAAUGUUUUGGGACACUAGAUUUCCUCUUUUCACAGCCUCGUCACAACUGCUCCUCAAACGUUUCUUUAAACACCACUGUUCUUUAAAAAUGAUAAACACUCAUGCACUGCUGCACUACUUAAAUAUUAAUAUUGAUAUUCAAUUUAGAAAAGUAAUUAUGAAUGAAGUACUUGCAUGAGUAGUAGUAUAAACCAAUGAGUAAUACAAUAAUUUCUGAAGAAACUCAAGUCUAAAAUGUUAAUUUAUCAUUCUGAGAAGAUUGUAAGAUUUGUUUUUAUCUCUAAAUGGCUAUUUGAAAUGUCUCUUUUAAUUUUUAUAUAUUAGUUUUCUUAAUGACAGUAAUUUAAUGAUGUCAUUUUUCCUGACUGUUAUCAUCUAGCAACAGCUAGCCAGGAGUCUGCUAAAUAUAGUGAAUUAAACAAUGCACUUAUUCUGAAAAUGAUUUCACAGCAUUUCAUAAUAAUGUUUUCAGGAUUUGUCCAGAUGUUUCACACAUAGUUGGUCCAUUCAUGUAUUUAAACAGUGAACUGUAGGUGUCAGGUUACAAGUAAUGGGCUUCGCAGCAGCCGGUGAUGUCAGUGGACGUAAGACAGCCGCUGAUAUCAUUCUGACCUCGUUUGUUACCUGAAAAGUGAAGCUAAUUGUGCGUCCUUCCUCGCCUCCUUCCAGACACUUCAUUAGCUCCGAGCACCAGACACACUUUUAAUCCAAUCUGCGGCAGCCAGAGUCGUACCUGCGCUGCGUUUCUUCCUUUCUGUUGUCGGCAGCGCGGCGACGACUCAUAAAAACGUGUUUUGUCAGACGCAGACCAGCCGGCUGUGAUUAAACAGGACAAGGCCUGGCCGAGCGUCAGGUUUCUAAGAAUAGGAGCCCUGACCUCAAUUUACCACUCAGAUGGGGAGUUCCCACCGGAAAAGACUUCAACAUGAACUUCUCCUAGAGAUGCAGUGGAAUCUGGAAAGGGAUAAAAACAAUAUUGGUUAUAAAAUUCUACCUGACACUGUGUUAUUUCACGUUUUAUUACGUAACAGCGUGAAGAACAGACAUCAUCAUUGGUAGGAAGAGCUGAGAUUUUCUCGUUUCAGAUCUUUACCUUGUUUACAGACGAUCAGUGGCUGUUUGAACCCAGAACUAACCAGUAAAUCAGCUUCUGUCUCCUGCAACAAACAAGCGUCGUGUUCAGUGUUUGUCCAUCUCACCAGUCAGUCGGUUCACCAGGAAGCUAUAGCUGCCACUGGACCAUCACCAGGGAGGAAUCUACCUGGAUGUGUCCUGUUUCCACCUGUCCCCCCUUUUUUAUUUCAUCCGUGUUGCUUCAUGAUGUCCACGGUUUUGUCCUGAGAAAAUCUGCAGCUCACAAACCUGUUUUCUGUGUCCUUCGUUUGGUUUUGUUAUGAUUUUUUAAAAUACUUUUUCUACCUCUAAGGUUUUACCACUGUAUACAAGCUAGAACAGCCCAUUUUAAGCUCAUGUUUUCCUUUUUUUGUUUGUGUGUGAAAAUGUGUAGCUGUGUUUGCCCGUUGAGUUUUUUCUUUUUUUUUCUUUUUUUUAACUAGAUUUGGGGGGAAAAAAUAAGCUAUUUAUAUUCUUUAAAUGAUGUUAACUGCAUAGAACGUACAGGACCGCAGAGGAAUGUCUGCUUUGUAGGACUGGCUUCCUUGUGAAUAUAAAUAUUUAUCUAAAGUUGUAUGUAGAUCUGAAUGUGUCCAGAAGCUCUUUAAAGGUACCGGAGGGAGAAUCCCCCCCACCAGCAACGACAAUGACACAAGUCAUUUCCAUUUCAGAGGUUUAUCUCCUGCCGUCCAAAGCGACUAAAUCUAAAUGUUGCACAUUGUCACUACUUGUGAAUUAGAGCUGCGAGCAGGACAGCCUUUUUGUUCAGACUGUGACUGAUUGAAAACUGAUUUUAUUUUAUUGACAAUCUCAAUAUUUAUUGAUUUGGAUCAACAUUUCCGAUUUUCCGAAAGGAAUACUUCAAUGUUUUGGUGAAAUAAGCUUGAAAAUUGAUUGAAGAUUCACGUCUGUGUUCUAAAUGUGAUGCUCCAGAUGUAGCAGGUUAGACUGAUAACAAGGGGAAACAGUAAGAGCAAGUUUUUCAAAUUUUUGUUUAAGCAGGACAUUUUAAUUCUAAUCGAGGAUGCUCAUAAUUAUAAAUGGGGCUUUAACUCACAAUAAUUUUGAUUCCAGUGAUAAGCUUCUUGAUUAAUUGUUUGGUUUUUUUAGAUAUAAAAUGUCAGAAAACUCCCAAGAUGACAUCCUCAAAUGUCUUGUUUUUGUCCACAAGCCAAAGAUAAAAGUUUACUGUCAUGGAGGAAGAAGGAAAUCAGAAAAUGUUGAAUUUAAGAAGCUGGAAUGAGAGUAUUUAGAUUUUUUUUCUUCUUAAAAACUACUUAAACUCAUUCAUUGGUUAUAAAAAUGUAUUAGCUACCAAUUAAUGGAUUCAUCAGUUAACCUUCGUGUCGUCCUGCGGGUCAAACUGACCUGUUUUAAAGUUUGAAAAUGUGGAAGAAAAUAUAUUUUUCUUGAGACAAUUUGACCUGUAAUUGGCGCUAUAUAAAUAGAAUAGAAUUGAACUGAAUAUUUUCACAGUGAAACUUCUGAUGUCCACGUUAUCAACAUUUCUGGGAAAUUUUUUAACAUUUUUUAGUGGGAAAAAAAAAGUUUCUUAAGAACAACCAGACAACAACCAAAAUCCAGCGAAAUUCACUUUGAUUUGAUUUUAUUGUGAAUGUUCUUAAAGAAAAUAUCAGAAGUUUUAUUAAUAUAUAUGGAAUCACUUUAGAUAUUUUUAGGAUUUUUUUGGAAGAUUUUUACUCAUUUUUUCCAAAUAUUUAAAAUAAUUUUCUGGCCAAAUUUGGGGAAUUUUUUUACAUAAAACUUUUAAGGAAUUAUUGGAAUUUUCUUCCUGAAGGUUUUCCAAAUUUACAGAAAUUUGGGGGACUUUUUUGCUAAAUUUUUUUUUUCAGACAAGGAAACAAUAUUUUUUGGUGUCCAUAAAUGGAGACAACAGGAGGGUUAAUCGUUGCAACUUAAAUGGUCACAACAGAUGUGACGCUAGAAGAGAGCCAUGCUAGUAGUUUCCCUUUGUUUUCAGUCUUUGUGCUAAGCUAUGCUAACUCUGCCUCAUGUUUACCACACAAACAGGAGAGCGUUGCCUCACUCUUCGAGAGAAAACUAAAUGUUGAGGUGUUGUUUAAACAUUGUGCAUAAGCUUAGACGAGGCAUGCGUCCAACAACGUCUCAUUAAAUCAACCCUCAUCUUUUUUUUUUUAAUUUUCAUGAUGCUUUUUAUAGUUUGUGUCUUUUUAAAUCGUUAAAUCUUCAGCUUCAAAGUUACAUUUGCUUCUUUUGUGUUGUAAGAAAAGUUGCCUUUACAGUUCAUAAGGCUGUUUAUCUCCGUGUUUUGUUUUUUAAUUGUGAUGUUUUCUUUCUACCAAUCCGUGGAUGAGUUUAUUUCCCGUGUUUAUAUUUUGUCUCUAACCCUGUGGUUAAUUGUGUCCGUCUUCGUCGAGUCUUACAUGAGGGAGAAGAGUUCACAUCAAUACUAACCGGAUGCAGGUUUACAAGAACUACAUUCAACCUUUUAGCACCUAUAUUCAAUAAAUCUGUCUGAAAUGUG